AUGACGUUGUCGAAUACUUCAAUAGCGGCAUUGAGGCAGCAAAUGGAUGAUAGUAAUCAUGAGUUGGUUAAUAUGUUAACUAAUCAAAUGGGUACAGUUUUUAAUAAUGUGAUACAGGAAUCUGCUAAAACAAAUAGGCAGGUGGCUAAUCAAUUGACACGCCUGUGUAACUUCCUAGGGGCACCAGCUCGACAGAUGGCACAAGUGGUUAGGCAAAACAUUCUUGUUCAAGUAGAGAUAGGGGCAGCAGAAGAUGAGACAGUCCAUGAGGGACAAAUCCUUAGACCCCAACAAAAUCAAGGCGUUGAGUCUGGAGUAGCAGGACGUAACCAAAUGGUGUUAGUUAACCGACAUCAGGAUGCUGACCAAAUUGUCGAUCAAUAUCGACAAGAAGACUUAGCAGUGGAAAAUAAUUUGACAACUAUUGUCGAAAGAAUUAUGGCUAGGAAUGGUAUGAGUGCCACAUUGCAAAGGCCACUAUAUGCAUCCCCAUUGGCUGAAUUUAUUCUCCAAACCGAGUCACCUAGAGGAACGAGCGUGCCUAAAUACACUAAGUUUGGGGGAGAAUAUGGUGAGUCGACAAUAGAACAUAUUGCCAGAUAUUUAACAGAGUUUGGAGAUUUGGCUCACAAUGAGUGUUUGAGAGUAAAAAACUUUCCUUCCUCUUUGACUAAGGUUGCCUUCACAUGGUUCACUUCUUUGGCCCCAAAUUCGAUUGAUUCGUGGACCAAGUUAGAAAAGAAGUUCUAUGAACAGUUUUACGAAGGGCAUUGCAAAAUCAGUUUGGCAGAAUUGUCUAGCAUUAAGAGAAGGUUUGUUGAGAGUAUUGACGAUUAUCGGAAUAGAUUUAGAUCAUUAAAGGCCAGGUGCUUGUAA